AUGGACCAAAGAAUGGAGGGCGCGCCCGAGGCGCCUGAGGUGCCCCCUGAGGCUGAAGAGGCUGAGCAGUCCGCAGAGAUACCUGAGAUCCAGCAGGCCUAUGACGCUAUGUUCGAGGAUCAGUCAAGUGACGACGAGGACUUGGUGGUUGGUGCGCACAGAAUAAGCUGCCGCUGGGUGCGUGCAGCGGCCAAUGCAGUGGCCAAAAAGAUGAUGAUGGUGGCCGCUUUGGGCAGCGAAGAGGUGGCAAAGAUCGAGGAAGGCUUCAAUCGCCUGUCAGUGCGUGGAGAGCUCCGCCCAUCGGAGUUCCGCACGGGUUUCCUCAACUGCGCUGGCCCGGUGCCUGAGGCAUUGGCAGAAGCGCUUUUCAACUGCUUCGACUCAAACUCCUCGGGAACCUUGGAUGUGCAGCAAUUCGUAUGUGGUGUGGCAGUGAUUUGGAAGGGCAGGCCAGAGCAGAAGCUGCGACUGCUCUUUAUGGUCUAUGACACUGACAAAGAUCAGCGGCUGUCGGACCGAGACCUGAAGCGCUUCGCCCACGCCUUGAGCGACGGCCGUGGCCGCGAAACCGCCGAAGCCGCGGUGAACAGCGCUCUGAAGGAGCUGCUGGCUGGCCACUCUGUCGUGAACUACGAGAAGUUUGAGCACUGGGCACGCCAACACGUCGACUCUCCUUUGGUCGACUGGAUCUUUAGCUUGGAGCAGCGGGUGAAGGCGGAAGAUGAGGAAGCUGCCUCAUGGAGGAUGAGGCCAGCCCUGGAUCGUUCCAACAGUGUACAGGAGCGUGAGGAGCUGCAUGCACUCUUGGACUGGGGUGAGACAGUUGGCAUUGACAAGGACCUUGCAAAGGAACUCCGUGGCGCCUGGAAUGCUGUGGCCUUAACCUCUCGACUUGGGGUGCUGGAGCGAUCGGCCUUACUGACGUGCUUUCCCUCAGCGCCCGCCGAGCUGAUCAAUCGCCUGGCUGCUGCCAUGGAUCGUGCCAAGACAGGCACGGUCUCUGCUCGGGAGUGGGUGCAGGACCUGUCCAUUUGCCUGCAAGGCACUGACGAGCAGCGGAAGGAUUUGGUCUUUCGCAUGUUCGCGGACGAGACCGGUGUGAUCCCAGCACAGGCGGCUACAGAGCUGAUGGCAACCGCGCAAGCUGCAGCCUCCAUCUUCACACAGCCAGUGCAAAGUCGAAGGGCCUUGCGGAGGGAGACUUCCUGGGCCUCCGACGCCGAGGAGAUCGCUCAGGCUCUGGGCCAUGCGGUGCGCAUCGAUCUCAAGAUGCCACCGCUGCAUGCGUCGGACGAGCGGGUCAUCAUUGAAAAGAUCAACGACAAGUUCAGCCCGGAUUCGCCCGGAAAUGUCGGGGACGUGUGGUACCUAAUUCCAGCACGUUGGUGGAAGCAAUGGUUGGAGUUUACCUCGACCGAGACCAACUCACGUGAGCAGGGCCCUCCUUCCAUCGACAACACUGGCUUGGUUGACGCUCGUGACUUUCUUCGGAUUGGUUUGUCGGAAGGGGUCGACUAUGAGGUGGUCAAGAAGCACGCCUGGUGUGCCUUGGUGGCUUGGUACGACCUCCAGGGAAUUGAGCUGCCACGCAAGGUCAUCGAAGUUGAUGGUCACAUGGAGCUGGAGAUGUACCCAUUGCGGCUGCACAUCAGCCGCACGGAUCAGGCGGGCAACAUCAUGUUGCUCGAGAGGACGCUCGAGAUCAGUCGUACAGCCCUGGCCAGCGAGACUAAAGAGGCAGCGCGAUUGCUGCACGGCAUUGAAGAAUCGGAUUUGGUACUUUGCCACAGAGUCCAUCAAGACCAAGAAUUUGCAGAGGUGGAUGAGCGCUCUUGCUAA